CAGUUUGAGGGUCUUCCAGUAGAGACUAUGGCAGCUGUUCUCUCUUCCUCUCCGCCCCGCCACCUCUUCUUUCACUUCCCCUCUAUGCCCAAAACCCCUCUACAACCAACGCCUCCGCCACCAUUCCUUUCUCUUUCUCUCUUCAAACGCAAACCUUACUACCAGCUCCACUUUUCCGCUUACUCUGCCCAAUCCCUCUCGUCCCCACAAUUCCUUUUCGCCUCAGAGUCUAACUACACUCACUCUUCUUCUUCUUCUUCCCCAAACGGUGAAGAAAAGUUUUUUAUUGACGGCUUAUUCGAUUUGCUUCGCCUCUCGGCUCGCUACGGCGAUUCCCAGCUGGCCAAGGCUGUGCACUCGCGCAUUCUCAAGCUCGAGGAACACACCCGUCUGGGUAAUGCGCUUAUUGCGGCUUACCUCAAGCUGGGUUUGGUCUCUGACGCUUAUAGUGUUCUCGUUGGCCUUUCGUGCCCCAAUGUGGUGUCUUAUACGGCUUUGAUUUCGGGGUUUUCGAAGUCGAGUCGAGAAGACGAGGCGGUGGAGAUUUUCUUUCGGAUGAGGGAGUCAGGUAUUGAGCCUAAUGAGUAUAGCUUUGUUGCAAUUUUGACUGCUUGCAUUCGUCGUUCGGAGUUGCAGUUGGGUUUACAGGUUCAUGCUAUGGUGACCAAAGUUGGGUAUUUGGAUUCUGUGUUUGUUUCGAAUGCGUUAAUGGGGUUGUACGGUAAGUGUGGGUGUUUGGAUUUUGUGCUUAAGUUGUUUGGUGAAAUGCCUCAUAGGGAUACUACGUCGUGGAAUACUGUUAUAUCGAGUGUGGUAAAGGAGUGUAUGUACGAUAAAGCAUUCAAGUUGUUUGGUGAUAUGAAGGGAAAUGACGGGUUUACAGGUGAUAAUUUUACGCUUUCGAUCCUUUUGACUGCUUGCAGUGACAGUGCUUCUUUCAUGAAAGGCCAAGAAGUUCAUGCCCAUGCGAUCAAGAUGGGGUUGGAGGCCAAUUUGAGUGUUAGCAAUGCGCUGAUUGGGUUCUACACAGAGUGUGGGAGUGUAAAGGAUGUGGCAGCUUUGUUUGAGAUGAUGCCCAUAAGAGACAUUAUUACUUGGACGGAAAUGAUUACAGCAUAUAUGGAUUUUGGCUUGGUGGAGUUGGCUGAGGAGAUAUUUGAUGAUAUGCCAGAGAGGAAUUAUUUUUCUUAUAAUGCACUUUUGGCAGGAUUAUGUCGAAAUGGCAAAGGCUCUAAGGCACUGGAAUUAUUUGUAAGCAUGGUAAAGGACGGGGUACAGUUAACAGAAUUCACUUUGACAAGUGUUCUUAAUGCUUGUGGAUUACUCAUGGAUUGUAAAACUAGUGAGCAAAUUCAUGCGUUCAUUCUCAAGAUUGGUUUUGGGUCAAAUGCUUGUAUUGAAGCAGCGCUGCUUGAUAUGUGUACAAGGUGUGGGAGGAUGACAGAUGCCAAAAAGAUGUUCAGUAGGUGGCCAUUUGACGAGGACAGCUCUAUGAUUCGGACAUCGAUGAUAUGUGGUUAUGCUCGAAAUGGGCAGCCAGAUGAGGCAAUUUCUCUCUUCAACAUCAGUCAAUCAGAAGGAACAAUGGUUGUGGAUGAAAUUGCAUCGACUUCAGUACUUGGUCUCUGUGGAAUUGUUGGAUGUCAAGACAUGGGGAAGCAAAUACACUGCCAUGCUCUAAAAUCCGGCUUUCUAUCUGAUUUAAGGGUAGGAAAUGCCAUAGUGAGCAUGUAUUAUAAGUGUUGGAACAUGGAUGAUGCAAUUAAGAUAUUCAACAAUAUGCCCACACACGAUACAGUUUCUUGGAAUGGUUUGCUUGCUGGCUAUCUUCUACACAGACAGGGUGAUGAGGCCUUGGCUAUCUGGUCAAAGAUGAAGAAGAUGGGCAUAAAACCAGACAAAGUUACCUUUGUUUUGAUAAUUUCAGCUUACAGAACCACUAGCUCCAAUUUAGUUGAUGAUUGUCGUAUUUUGUUUCUCUCAAUGAAAAACAUUUACAAAAUUGAGCCCACUUCAGACCAUUAUGCAUCCUUUGUUGGUGUUUUGGGUUAUUGGGGUCUCCUGGAAGAAGCAGAGGAAAUGAUCAGUAAGAUGCCUUUCGAGCCCAAUGCCCCUGUUUGGCGAGCUUUGCUUGAUAGUUGUAGAAUCCAUUCGAAUACAACCAUAGGAAAACGGGUUGCGAAGCGUAUACUUGCUGUGGAGCCAAAUGAUCCAUCUACCUACAUACUUGUAUCGAAUCUGUAUUCUGCCUCUGGGAGAUGGCAUUGCUCUGAAAUGGUUAGGGAGGAUAUGAGAGAAAGGGGUUUCCAGAAACAUCCAGGUCGAAGUUGGAUAAUUUGUCAGAACAAGAUACAUUCUUUCUAUGCCAGAGAUAAAUCCCAUCCCCAAGUGAAAGACAUCUAUAGCGGAUUAGAAAUACUAAUCUUAGAAUGUCUAAAAGCUGGAUAUGUGCCAGACACAAGCUUUGUUCUUCAUGAAGUGGAGGAGCAUCAGAAGAAGGAUUUCUUGUUCUAUCACAGUGCAAAACUAGCAGCAACUUACGGGCUUCUGAUGACCAGGCCAGGAAAACCCAUUCGGAUCCUGAAGAACAUCAUUCUUUGUGGGGACUGCCACACAUUCUUGAAGUAUGUUUCGAUCAUUACCAAGAGAGAGAUUCUUUUAAGAGAUUCUUCAGGGUUUCAUUGCUUUUCUAGAGGCCAUUGCUCAUGCAAAGACUACUGGUGACCCCCCUUAUCUUGUAUCUUCCAGCCUAUUAACCUUCAUUCUUAUGGUUGAGAAGUUCCAAGCAAUUGGAAUAUAAUUGUAUAUAGAUGUGUAAUUUUGCAUAGGAGAAAUUCAUUACAAAUAUUUGAGUAAAUAACUUGCAAUU